AUGAAUGAACUCGUGAUCGAGUUUAAUACUCCCCUUACCGUACAACGUGUACAAAUUGUACUUCAAAGUGCCUUUUUUGGACUUACUUUCAAUCCAGAUGGAUCAGUUAAUGAUCAUCGCGAAUAUAGCGUUCCGAACAAUGUCAAUCGACUAGUAUCCAUUAUCAUGGAAGACAAUUCCAUUGAGAAAUGUGUAGAAGAACUACGAAAAGUGUGCAGUCAACUUCAUCCAGAUCUGUUUGACACAGUUUUUGGAAAAGCCGAUGUCAAAGAAUCGGGACGAGAUGAUCUCGAUCGUCUCUUUGUCAUGACUCAAACACCCGAUGAAAUACGCAAAGCUGACUAUUAUCAGUUUGGAGCUAAAAGUCGAAGUGAAGUACCUUUUACAUGUGUAUGGAUUACCCACCUUGCAGAAAUACCACCCGCCUAUGACAACCUCUUUGGACCGAAAUUUAAAGUAAAUUACGACUGA